GCUCGUGGAUUGCACUGCUUGGUUUUGCUUCGUUCGAAUUUCUGAACGCGCUCAGACUGGCACAUGAAGAGGUACGGCACGGUUUUAAAUGGAUCCUUGUUUUGCGGUGCCACCGUGUGUCUAAGACGCCGGGCAACAAACGGAGCUCAGAUCCGAAGAUCGGCACUCAAUGGAUGACGCGUUCUCAGACGGACGGCAGCUUUUCCGUGACCUUCGUCACACCAUGAAACUAAGCUUCCGGACACGAGGAACAAAAGCGUAAGGAGCUUUUCAAAGGGGAAUAAAACCGAGAACAAGAACCGAAAGGACUCCACUGCAAAUAUGCCAGAGGACGCGCGGCGAGACGUAUGGACCCGGAUCUUGCUGGCAUGGAUUACCUGCGUGCACUUGUGCUCCUCUGCGCCGUCCUCCGAGCUUUCGCAGAGUUUAGAAACAAGACUGACUUCAGAAACUGACACUUCGCUGCUGGAAGGACAGCGCGUCCUCAGUCGGGCCAAAAGAGGAUGGGUUUGGAAUCAAAUGUUUGUGUUGGAGGAAUUCUCUGGACCUGAUCCGAUCCUCGUUGGCAGGCUCCAUACGGAUCUGGACGUGGGGAGUAAGAACAUCAGGUACGUGCUGGCCGGAGAGGGCGCCGGAACCAUCUUCGCCAUCAACGACAAGACGGGCGACAUCCACGCCAUGAAGAGGCUGGACCGAGAGGAGAAAGCCGAGUACACCCUGACGGCUCAGGUGAUCAACCGGGACACCAACGAGCCCCUGGAGCCGCCGUCGGAAUUCAUCAUCAAAGUACAGGACAUCAACGACAAUCCUCCGCAGUUCAUCGAGGGGCCGUACCAGGGCUCGGUGCCCGAAAUGUCGCCAGUAGGUACUUCGGUCACAAGGGUCACGGCGACCGAUGCAGACGACCCCGUUUACGGAAACAGCGCCAAACUGGUGUACAGCAUCCUGGAAGGACAGCCGUAUUUCUCCAUCGAUCAGAACACCGCGAUCAUCAAAGUGGCUCUGGCGGAAAUGGAUCGAGAGAUGAGGGAGGAUUACCUGAUUGUCAUUCAAGCAAAAGACAUGGGUGGUCACAUGGGAGGACUAUCAGGAACCACCACCGUCACGGUAACGCUAACGGACAUCAACGAUAACCCGCCCAAAUUUUCAAAAGGUUCAUACGAGUUCACCAUCCCAGAAGAUCUCGGCAUGGGCAAACCAGGUGGAAGAGUGAAAGCAAACGACAGGGACGUUGGGGAAAACGGCAAAUCGGCGUACAGCAUCAUAGCAGGCGACGAGAAGGACCUGUUCGAGAUCGUCACCGAUCCUCAGACUCAGGAGGGAAUCCUCACGCUUAAGAGGCCUUUGGACUUCGAGAGCAAAAACUUCUACAACCUGACCGUAGUGGCGACCAACAUCAGGGCGUCGUUCACCGGCGGCCCUUAUAUGGACCAAACCACCGUCAAAGUCGUCGUGGAGGACGCGGACGAGCCGCCCACGUUCUCGAAAUCCACCUAUGUGUUCGAGGUUCAUGAAAACGCCGCCAUCAACACCGUCGUCGGAACAGUUACAGCGAGAGACCAGGACUCAACACGAAGCCUUAUAAGGUACUCGAUCGACCGGCACACCGAUCUGGAGAGGCAGUUCAAUAUCCACGUGGACGACGGCAAGAUCACGUUAGCCAAGCCGCUGGACCGAGAGGCCGACACAUGGCACAACAUCACCGUCACGGCCACCGAAGUCCGGAACCAUAGUCAGAUCUCCAGAGCGAUAGUGGCGAUCAGGGUACUGGAUAUAAAUGACAACGCUCCUGAAUUUCCCACCGACUACGAAGCCUUCCUGUGUGAAAACGGCAAACCCGGACAGGUGAUACAGACAAUCAGUGCAUUGGACAGGGACAAUCCAAUCCACGGACACACCUUCCACUACCGACUGGAGAUGAUCAACAACCCAAACUUCACCAUUAAAAACAAUCUAGACAACUCGAUCAGCGUUUUAGCCAAACACGACUUGUUCCGGCGCCAGAGACAGGAGCUGUACCUCUUACCCAUCGUGGUGAGUGACGACGGAGAUCCACCCAUGAGCAGCACCAACACGCUGACCAUCCGUGUGUGUGGCUGCAGCAGGGACGGCGUGGUGCAGUCCUGCAACGUGGAGGCGUUCGUCCUGCCCAUCGGCCUCAGCAUGGGGGCGCUAAUCGCAAUCCUCGCCUGCAUCAUCCUACUGCUGGUGAUCGUGGUGCUGUUCGUUACCCUCCGGCGGCACAAGAGCGAGCCACUGAUCAUCAAGGACGAGGAGGACGUGCGCGAGAACAUCAUCACGUACGACGACGAGGGCGGCGGCGAGGAGGACACCGAGGCCUUCGACAUCGCCACCCUGCAGAACCCCGACGGCAUCAACGGCUACCUGCCGCGCAAGGACAUCAAACCCGAGCUCAGCUACAGCGUCCGGGCGGGGCUGAGACCCGCCACCAACGGCGUCGACAUCGACGAGUUCAUCAACGUCCGGCUGCACGAGGCCGACAACGACCCCACGGCGCCACCGUACGAUUCCAUUCAGAUCUACGGCUACGAGGGGCGGGGCUCCAUGGCCGGGUCGCUGAGCUCGCUGGAAACGGCCUCGUCAGAUUCGGACCAGAAUUUCGAUUAUCUCAGAGAGUGGGGGCCGCGCUUUCGAAGACUCGGCGAGCUCUAUUCGGUGGGCGAGAGCGACAAGGAAACUUGAUCUGCCGGUCCAGUAAAAACGCGCUGGGUUGUACAUCUGGUUCCAAUGGGAGGAAACACUUUUAUCAAACACUUUUAGAGCAAAACUUAGCGUUAGUUCUCCAAAAACACGUUGACGUAACGCCGGGGCCGAACUUUACCACGGAGAUAGCUGUUGUAGACGUGUCGUCGUUUAGAUCAAGCAAAGUUUGCGGACGUUUGUUUAUUUACCGUGACCCCCCCGGAUGCUCGGCGGCCACAUAAUCAAAGGACCGUUUCACUUCGGAGACGAGAAGUUUCGGAAACGCGGAGGCCUCAGACCGACCCAGAGAGAACCGGACUCGUCUUCUAACGUCAUCCUGGCAAUCUGAGGACAAAAAAAAAACGACUAAAAAGCAAUAUAUGGUCUCCAUUACUAUGUUGAAUGUAUGUAUGUACGAUUACCGGUGCGAUACGUGUAGAAUAUCGGCUUUAAUAGUUCCUAGUUGAGAUAGGGUUUGAUACAGAGUUGCCGGAUUUGCCGAAAAGCCUCGUGUGGCUCGCUUUAUACACCCGUUUGUAUUCACGCUCUUGUGAACAUCAGUAGCCUAUAAGAGACUGAACACACAGAAAAAAAGAGAAAUGUAGAAACAACGAGGCCUUCUUUUUACAGAAGCUAACAUUCAAUACGCUCGUAUUGCAACUUUUUUUGGAACAU